UUGUUUUCCAUUCUUGUUCAGAAGCGUGAUCUUCACUGUGGUACGGCGGGAAGCAAUGGCGAAAGGGGACACUGUGUCGAUGGAGAAGGACUCCGACGAUGGCGUACAACUCAAGAGAAGAAUUACCCUUUUCAAUGGAGUUGCGAUUAUUGUGGGAUCAAUCGUGGGGUCGGGAAUUUUUGUAACUCCGAAAGGUGUUUUAGAAAGCUCGGGUUCGGUGGGUAUGUCCCUGGUGGUGUGGACAGGGUGUGGUUUUCUGUCAUUAGUAGGAGCCGUCUGCUAUGCUGAGUUGGGGACCACAAUCACACGAUCUGGAGGAGACUAUGCAUACAUCUUGGAAGCCUUUGGACCCUGUCUGGCCUUUCUUCAGCUGUGGGGUAACCUAAUUAUCAUUCGUCCCACAGCCCAGGCUGUAGUGGCCCUCACCUUUGCCAACUAUAUCCUUCAACCCUUCUUUCCGUACUGCGAGUCGCCACUUCAAGCCAAGAAGCUGUUUGCUGCACUUUGUAUCAGUAUAUUGACCUUUGUGAACUUGGUUAGUGUGAAGGCUGCCACACGAAUCCAGGAUAUCUUCACUGUGGCCAAAAUCCUGGCUCUGAUUAUCAUCACCAUCACUGGAUUUGUCCUCAUUGGUCAAGGGGAGGUAGAGUAUUUUCAAGAUGCCUUUGAGAACACAAAGACAGAUGUUGGACAGAUUUCCCUGGCUUUCUACUCGGGACUGUUCGCUUAUGCAGGAUGGAAUUUCUUGAAUUUUGUGACAGAGGAAAUGAUUGAUCCAUUCAAGAACUUGCCAAGAGCCAUCUACAUUUCCAUUCCCAUCGUAACCUUUGUCUACGUGUGUGCUAAUGUUGCCUACUUAACUAUCAUCUCUCCGGCAGAGAUGCUUGAAUCCAAUGCAGUAGCUGUGACAUUUGGAGACAAGGUGUUUGGUGUAAUGAACUGGAUUGUACCGGUAUUUGUGUCACUCUCCACAUUUGGAGGUGUCAAUGGUCUUCUUUUCACCUCAGGAAGACUGUUCUUUGUUGGGGCCAGAGAGGGGCACCUGCCAGAAUUUUUCUCCAUGAUUCACACAAACAAGUACACGCCCCUUCCAGCCAUGUUGUUCACAGGAGGCAUGUCUUUGAUCUACUUGAUAUCUGAUGACAUUUUCAUUCUCAUCAACUACAUGAGCUUUGUCCAGUGGUGGUCAGUUGGAAUGUCCAUUUUUGCCCUCAUUUACUUACGGAUCACCAGACCAGAAAUGGACAGGCCUAUUAAGUUUCCUCUCGUCAUACCCAUUUUCUUCCUGUUGUGCGUGUUAUUUCUACUGAUCCUGCCCCUGACAGUUGAACCAGAAUCGACAGGGAUGGCACUGGUUAUGAUAUUGCUGGGGAUACCAGUUUAUCUAGUCUUUGUCAAGUGGACAAAUAAACCCAAGUCCUGGAAAAAAUUCUUUGCCAAGCUGACUAUUUUGGGACAGAAAACUUGGAAUGUAGUUCCAGAAAAGGACUCCUGAUUGGAUGGUUUAAAAUUGUAACGACAAGAGUUGUGUUCAAAUGUGGGUGUACUUGUGUGUCAUUCAUGGAAAAGAUUCCUCAUUAUUUAUUGUUGUAAACAUACCCUUAAAACUUGCAUCUCAAGAGAAAUCUCAUGUAAGAGUACUGCAUUUUUUUUUUCUAAAACUAUGUGCAUGUAGUUGUUGGGAACUUUUUUCCCAGUGGUAUUACAUGAAACCAGAAAGCCUGUAUUCUUAUUGUGAGAGAAAGUGACUUGUGUGCUUUUUUUCCCAAUGGUAUUACAUGAAACCAGAAAGCCUGUAUUCUUAUUGUGAGAGAAAGUGACCUGUGUGCUUUUUUUCCCAAUGGUAUUACAUGAAACCAGAAAGCCUGUAUUCUUAUUGUGAGAGAAAGUGACUUGUGUGCUUUAAGCAUUUUGCUAUUCCAGUUUUGCAAGAUCUCAGAAAAAAGUUCCAGAGAUAAAGACUAGAUGUUUCUUUUUACUUAGUUUUUCCAUAUAUGUUGGCGCUAUUUAUAUUUUCAUGCUUUUACUCUUGGAAUAUUUUACAGCUUUGGAGGGUGCUCUGACUGUAAUCAUUGUAUUCACGUGGUGUGGUUUAGUUUUGUUUGCUUGUUAGCAUACUUUUUGCCUCCAAUUCACGAAUAUUGUUGUUGUGUUAUAAUUAGAUAUUAAUUGAACAAAAUACUCCCAUUAAGUAUUUAUUAAAUUGUGUAUUUUUAUAUAUUGACCUCAACACUUGUAGUCAGAUAUGAAACAGUGAAAACACACAAAUGGGCAUUAUAAAUGAAUUCAUGUUGAACAGAAGCUAUUAUUUCUUUUUUAUCACAGAAAAUUAUGUUUUAGAUGACAUUUAAUUUUGCUUAGAAGUAGAGUUGUGUGAGAGUGAUUCAUUCAUGUGCUGUUAAUGUUAUAAAUUUCAGUUAGAUGGCUUGUGUUCUGUAGACUUGCAUAUGUGUGUACAUGUUCAAUGUACAUGUAUAUGAUAAGCAUCUCUAUUCAGCGAAUUGUAGGCCUGUCUAGCUAUGUGUCGGAGAAGGAUGUCUAGACCAUUUGAACUUUAAUGUAUGAACAGUAGACACUGAACAAUGCAGUAAUAUAUGAACAGUAUAGACUAAACAAUGCAGUGUGGAUGUCUUUUGAAUGUCUGAUGCAGGGCAGCUUAACUUUUGUUUUUAUUCUAGGUGUUUAGACAUCUUUUUCUGCCUCCGUAAUUGGAGAUUCGCGGGCAUAUAUUAUUUCAUCUGUCUGUCAGUUUGUCUGCAAAAACUUUGAUCUUGGUCGUAACUUUUGAAUGGAUUGUGAUAGGGCUUCCAUAUUUCACAUGUGUAUUCCUUGUGACAAGAUCUUUUUUCUGGUAUCAAAAUUGUUCCCCUUGUGACUUUUACCUUGGGGUUUGACCUACUUUUGAAAAACUUGAACCAUGAUCAUAACUUUUGAAUGGUUGGUGAUAGGGCUUUCAUAUUUCACAUGGGUAUAAUUUUUGACAAGACCUUUCUUAUGGUAACAACAUAUUUGAACUCAUGACCUUGGGAAUUUUGCCUACUAUUGAAAAACUUCAAUCUAGGCAAAACUUUUAAACAAUUAGUGCAAAGGCUUUCAUAUUUCACAUGUAUAUUUGUUGUGACAAGACCUUUCUUUUCAUAUAAAAAUGUAUGACCUUGACCAAGGAGUUUGGUCAUAAGGGGGCAUCAGUGUUUUACACACAUAUCUUGUUUAUGCAUUACCUUCCCUUGUCAGAAACCAUUCCAUACUUGCUGUCAUUGUCAAACCAAAUUAUGUCAAAGAUGUAGUUGCAAGUUUUAGUUAGUUAGCAACAUUUUAAGUUUGCAUUUCUUGUCUGUACAUUAAAUUGCAUCAGGAAUACAUUGCAUGAGCGAGUUUUGAUCUGUAGUUAUGUUUUGCACUGCCUAUUAGCUGAGCCUGAACCUGCCACUAGUAGAAUUACUCUAAAAAAAAUUAUAUUCAUUUAGAAUUUUGUAUUCUAUAUAUGCAAAAGUAAUGGAUAUUUUUAUCCAUUUUCCUCAGAACUUUUAUUUUCAGUAAACAUAAGUAUUUUUAAAGGUGGUUUUAGAAUUGUUGAAUAAUAACAUAUUUAUUGUGUGUAAACUUUUGUUAGAUUUACUCUGUAUGUUAUGAAAUUUGCAGCACUUUGUGUUAAUUAUUUAUUUUUAUGACUAUACAAUCUGUGUUCUCCAUCAUGUCAGGGUAAUUAUUGUUGUGAAUUUAACAAAUGACAUUACAAAACAGUUGUAAACUGUCUUCAUAAAAAGGAAUGAAAAAUCUCAAUAAAAUACAACUUCACAUUAAA